AUGCUGAAUGGGCAAGAGGAGUUCUUGCAUGCAGUGAAGGAGGAAUUGGUCCGAGUGGGGCAUUGGUACAAGGACCAAGUGACGGCCCUUGAGGCAGAGGUGCGACGUCUUUCCGGCGAAGAUGGGCCUGGCGUCGGCGAUGCGGCCCUCACGAAUCUGGCGAACCAAGGUCCGGCCGACAUCGAGAAGCUUCACCUGAAGGCCGUUCGCCUGACCGAAUUCGUGCUUCUGAAUGUGGAAGCCUUGCGCAAGAUCGUGAAAAAAAUGGACAAGCAGUGUGGGACCAGCUGGCAGAAGGUCUUCGUCGAGAGAGACCUCAAAGACAGUCCGCUGGCUACCAACUCUGCGCAGCCUUUCAAUGGGGAACGUGCCAGGGCGUGCCGCCGGGCACUGGAGGAGCUCGUAAGCCCAGAGAGGCUUCAGGAGAUGCGGAGCAGGGCCAUGGAGUCUGGUGGUGUCGGGCUUUCGACGAUGCCGUGGUCCUGGCGGCGGACGCUUGUGGCCGUCGCACUUGCAGGAGCUGCCCUGAAGUGGUCAGCUUUUCGACUCCCCGACGAGCCCAAAUGCCAGCGGUGCUUGGGCCUGAUGAUUUUCACCAUGCUGAUGUGGGUCCUCGAAGCCGCCCCCUUCGAAGCGACGGCCAUGCUUGUGGCGCCUUUGGCCGUGUGGCUAGAUGUCAUGGAAGGCGAUCGGCACGAGCAGGCCAAGCUGCUCCUUGCUGCUGUCUUCAAUGACUCCUUGUACUUGGUCCUCUCGGGCUUCGUGAUGAGCUCCAUUUUCUCGAAGUGUCAGCUGGAGCUUCGUGCUGCAGCUCUUCUACAGAGUUUGUUGGGCCGGAGGCCAAAGUGCUUCAUGCUGGCCAUCAUGAUCCUGGGCGUGUUCCUCUCUGCGCUGCUCUCGAAUGUCACAGCCCCUCUUCUCAUGGUGGAAGUGCUGAAGCCACUCAUACGAGACUUGCCCACCGACAGCCGCUACUCAAGGGCGCUGCUGUUGGGUCUCGCAUUCUCGUGCAAUGUGGGUGGUAUGAUGACGCCGAUUUCAUCGCCACAAAACGUGGCAUCGUUGGAGGCCUUGCGCCAGCAUGGCAAAAACAUCACCUGGGGGGAGUGGUUGUGCCUGAGCACGCCUUUCUGUUUCUUGGCCGUCGUCAUGGCUUGGCUCAUACUGUUGCUCGUCUACCAGUUCGAUGUUUCUGCGGACGAGGUAGCCCGCAGUGCCCGCAAAGGCGAUGCAUCGUCCCGCGGAAUCCCACCAGUGGUCUUCGAUCGGGAGGACAUGUCCUAUGAGAAGCUGAUUCUUUUCGUCGGGGCAAUCGUUACGCUUGUCGCAUUCGCCAGCGCCCAGGCAGCUGCCACCUUCGGUGGCACCUCUUCCAUCGCGUUGCUCUUCGUAGCAAUCUGCAUGGGCACUGGCGGAAUUUCUCGGCAGACCUUCAACUCCUACAGCUGGCACCUCCUCUUCCUCAUCGGGGGCGGCAGUGCCUUAGGCCUGGCCGUCCGCCAGAGUGGCUUGCUGAAGCUGGUCACGGAGUUGGUGAGGAGUGGCCUGUCGUCCUCUCCCUGGCAGCUUGUGGCGGAGCUGAUGCUUGUGCUCGUGGGCGCAACGACGUUCGUGUCCCACACCGUAGCUGCUCUCGUCUUGAUGCCCUUGGUGGUUGAGUUGGGCGAGGACGCUGGGGUUGAACGCCUGGCCGUGUUGCUGGGAGCCUUUGCUUGCUCGGCAGCCUGCGCGCUGCCGAUGACUAGCUUCCCGAACGUGAACUCCCUCAUAGCGGUCGAUGACCGUGGAAAGCCCUGGCUGUCCGUGAAGCAUUUCCUCAUGGCGGGGAUCCCAACUACCGUUGCGCUAACGCUUCUUCUGAUCACUGCUGGUUACAAGCUGGGAGUGUGGGUGCUGAGCUGA